AUGUCCUCUUCUACAGGUACCGGAAUACCUUCGACUGCCAUGAAUACUUCCGCACAUUCACCAUCUGUAUCCUCCGUGAAUCUAUCUUCAACUGAAAGUGAUUAUGUCUUGCGUCUUUUCCGCGGCCUUCGACGCGCGGAAUCGUAUGCCUUUUACCUUGUCCCCGAGCGUCUUUUGAGGAUAACCGGAUAUCGUGAACUGCAAGCAUACGUGUGGAAUACAUUCGGUGUUGGACGGGAAAUGCAUGCAAUAGCGGCGGCAACCGAAGCUGCUGGUGAAGCUGCGAGAGAGGCUGCGGUAGAGGCCGCAGCCCAGCCUGAUACUGGCAUUCAUUUCACGGAUCUUUUACAAGGUGCCAUAAAGAUCACGAUAUAUGCUUCUACAAGGAGACAUUUACACUUAGACUGGAUGAGACGACUGGCUUUGCGCAUCAUCCCUAUUCUACUCUUCGUUUCUCAAAUACACUCCCUUCUUCGGGCAAUUAAAUGCCAAACGUCGCCUGACUACCCGGAACUUCGGUAUGGUACGCCCGGGAAGAGUCUGCUCUUGGACCAUGCUGGACAAGGGGGAUUCCUCUAUUCUCUAAGCUCUACUUUGCUCCCAUGGGAGACUGACCAGCAUUCGUGCAAUGCCUUGGGCAUGAACCGCGUGGGUUCUGACAUACCAAACGGCACGUUUAGACUAUUAUGGCCAGUUUUUCUGCGAAUAUGCUUGAGCCAUUUCGUGGAAACUCUAUCAAGCUCUCUACAGGGGAGGCCUGUUGUCGCCGAGGGAGGAAUGUCUAUUUUUGAGCAUUCGCUCUCUUUCGCUGAAGCCGAGUCGACCAUCAGCCAAUCCUUAGGUUUAGGGCCCUUUAGCUCACCUAAACCAAGCACGGGCGGAGACGGCGGUGGUGAGAGCUCACGCUCAUCGCUUCAUAUGCUUACAAAAUCGCAAAUACUGGACCGAAUGAAUGUCACUCCAGAGUUGCUGCUGAUUGCUCUGAUCUCUUGUUGUCAUUGCCUGUCCUCCAAUGUGCUCGAUGUUCUUGGCAAGCAAAGCAGAUACCGCCUUGUUAACACCACUUUCUGGGGUCUGUGUUUUAUGGCGGCAAUGACAUGGGGCCUUGUUAGUGGAUCUCCCCCAAACAGUGACGGGUUAUCAGUGAGAUUUCCGACCGUUUGCGUUGUCGGCUUCAUACCGCAUCUCAUGAUUCUGUGCGGUAUCAUCGUGUGUGCCGGGAUCUACUCAAUCGCUCUCGUAAUAACUGCUUUCUCUUUGCCUUCCGAUACCCCUCAGCAGUUGACUCUCCGACAAAGGUUUCAACUGGCGCAUGAAAAUAUGCAAGGGUCCAAUCAGGUUGGCAGUGUGCGACUGAAUCCCCACGAGGACUUCUAUAGUGCUCUCCUUAGGAUCGGUUACACUGCCUUAACGGCAGCGAGCGAAGCUGUCUUCCUCAAUGAGGGAAGAAGUGUCGUUGCGCGUAAUAUGACAUGGCUAGAGGAGGAUAGGCUCGCAGAAAUUGAACAAUCUCGCCGGGUGCGCUCAGUGCAGCAGGCCUCUGGUACUUUACCGGCGGAUUUUCCUUUCGAGAAUCGAGAGCUUGUUGCCUUUGAAGUUCAAGAGGCCGCCUCUGAAUGGGAGAGUGGUUAUGGCAAGGAGAAGAAAUUUCAGAGGCCUAAGAACAAGCCACGAACGUCAAGAUACCAAACUAACCCUGGCGGUGUUGGUGCCUUCCGCGGUCUCGUUCGAUGUUACCAAGGGAUUUCCUUCUUCCGCGCAAUCUUCUAUUUGAUGUUCAGGUGGGUGACAGUCGCGUCCGAUAAAGCUUUAUCCCGUGUUGGGAUUACUGCCCGGCCUCAGUGGGUUAAAGCUAUUCUACGGAGCAAAGCUGCGCAGGAUAACUCGGGCAAGACUGAACCUGAGUCUUUGGACUUUUGGAUACUUACGGAUGAGGGAGAGCUAGAGCUGCCCGAAAACCACGAAUUCGACGUCGAAAAAGAGAUGAGAAAGAGGGAGCGGCUGAACGCGGGUGACUGGAGUCCGUCUGAUGAGCAACGCCUAGAUGAGAAGCUUUAUAACUGGUGGAAAGCAGGGGGCUCAUGGGGCAAUGAAGAUCAUACCUCGGAUUACGAGUUGUCUGAGAACGAUUGGGAUGACACGACUAGCGUCGUAUCUACCGUUACCACCGACUCCGAAUGGGAGGAUGAAUCAGAUGGCCGACGCACGCCCACGCAGACUAACCCAUUUCCUAAUGAAUACUACAGAGAGUCUACCCCAACGCCCGAAUCCCUAAUGGACGUUAGCUCUAUUGCACGUCUCCUUGACCCCCCUGACGAAGCCACACGACAGGAAGCACGGAUUUUGGCUGCUCACCUUAAUGCUGGGCGAGAAGGACGGGUCCUGACGAGACGUCAAUAUCAGGCACAGAUUGAACGGCAGAGGGCGCAGGUGCUGCUAGGUCCGCAUCGCUCUCGCCUAGCAGCAGGCUCGCGUGACGGGAAUCAAAAGCCCAGCGCACAGGAGGAGUCCGAGAUCUUAGAGAAACUUAUACUGGACAAGCGCUCUGCAACUUUGGCGAGCGCGGCCAACACAGAACAAACAUGGGAGACCGGCGCGUCUGGCUUAGGGUCCAGCGGCCCUCCAUGUGUUGUCUGCCAAACAAAUUCCCGCUCCAUUAUCGUCUGGCCCUGCCGGUGUCUUUGUAUAUGCGAGGAUUGCAGGGUAAGCCUGGCGAUGAACAACUUUGGAAGCUGCGUGACUUGCCGGCAGGAGGUGGGCGGGUUUGUACGAUUAUGGGUGCCGUAGGGUUAUUAUAGUAGCCCUGCGGUCACUUGUUUCCUGUUCUUGUAUCUGAUAUCCCUAUUCACUACUUUUCGGUCAUAAUAUAUCACUGCGGGGCUUACUGAAGU